AUGAAGCAGCCGACGCGCUAUCCCGUGGGACCGAAUACAGUGGACGAAGAAUCGUUGGAGAAUAAUAUCCACGAUCCCCCAGUGAUUCGGCCCGGAGUGUCCGGAGAAACUUCCGGAGUCUUCGGAGGAUCCGGUGUGGGUGUCACCCAGUGUGAAGCGAUCCAGCCGAAGAGGGAUGACGGAAACGUCACAUUGCAAGUUGUCCGAGUGUGGCAACAAAACGACCCGAGCAUACGUUAG